CCCCGUGUAUUUUGUCUGAUUAGGGAAAGGAAGCUCGCGGCUCUCUUUCUUUUCUUCUCCCUCGUCCUCUUUCUUCCCCCUUCGCGCUCCGGAGCGCGUGCAUAGCUUAGCUGGGGAGCAUCCACAUUCUCUUUCCGGAGAUCUUCGCCCAUCUGUGAGCCGCAGAGAAUCGCCAUAGAAUACUCCCCAGGAUCAUCCAUUCUUGUCCGUGGCAGCCAGCCGCUAGCGCGCGGUCAGCUUCUCCUCUUCUUCCUUUCCCUGUUAAUAAGGGGAGGUGAGCGAUCGACCAAUUUUGGGAUGGUGGCCUUCUAGAUCAGGAUCAGGGUUCCUCGCGGUCGGAGAUUUUUUCAUGGGUUGGAUUUGCAAAGUCAUCCUAAUGCCGCUGCGCCGCGCAUGGGAGGUGGUGGUUCUCCGGAUUCAGCACAACAAGCGCGAUCUUUGAGCUUUUGCACCACCUCAAGACUGUACUUUUCGUUCCUGGUUCUUCCUUGUCGCUCUUGGCCGGCGCGGAAUUGGGAUGCUCUACGACGACGUUCAGCUGUGCGCUUACGAGGACGUCCAAGUUAUGUGGUCCAUGCUGCAGCACUCGUCCACGACAGAAUCACAGCAGACGAGGUCGUCGAGGCUGUCCAAGUUUUGGCUCUGCCACAAGCCCCGGGCCUUCUGAGGCUCUCGGCAGAGCAGCGAUCUCGUCCAGCUCCCACACAAGGUUCCUUUUCCCUUUUCCUGCUCUGGCUAAGAACAAGGCAGGGAUCAAAUCUUUCAGAUGGGAGCGAGGAAAACCAAAAAAGAAAACACAGAAGCAGAGCUAUAGCUAUAGGUGGGCAUGGGGAGAAAUAGUUCGAGUGGUCGUCAAGGUGUCUCAGUAGUGGCGCAUAUGUAGACAAGGGGAGCAGCAGCAGCAGCAGCAGCAGCAGCAGCAGGCAGCAGCUUUUCAAGGCGUGUAAAUGAAAUGCGGAAAGAGGGGAGGGAUUGCCACUGUAAUUAUCACCAAAGGGGUCGAGAAAGAAAAAGAGGAAGAGCAUCACCACCACCAUCUUUUCUUUUGUGGUCGGUCACGGAUAGAUCACCCAUCCUUCUCGACACUCUUAGAAAGACCCCACUUUGAUUCCCUUGCAGUCCAACCAAGUUCCACUUUCAAUCAAGGACUGGAUAGAUAGAUGGAAGUUUUAUAUACGUAUAUAUUUCUUUUC